AUGUUAUUUACGGGAUUUGCGCUUUGUUUAACAUUUUUAAUUCUUUUGGCUUAUUUUUUCAAUCUACCUCGAACAUAUUUAAAUUUUUGGCCGUGGACUGAAUCUGAUAUAUUAUUGUCAGGAAUUGCUUCAAUUUUCUUUUUAAUUUUUUCAUGUUUAGAAGCAUAUUAUUCAACAGGGGGCUGGGCUAAUAAUUGUAACGAUAUUGGAGGGGAUGGAAUUAUUCACAAUGGAUGUCGCCUAAUUAUUGAAUGGGCAUUUGCAGCGGUAAAAAAUGGAAGGGGGAUUUUUUACAAAUUUUUUUAUCACACAACUUUAAUUCCCAUAUUUUAG